CAUAACCGCAGCAUGGUACAAUUGCCUUUUGGACAAAGCUGAGCAGGAUUUGAAGCGAAUACAGAGAGAGAUCCAGAGGGACAUGAGGCUGCUGGACCCUCCCUGCCUCCACGAGCCUCUGUCUGUGUCCUGCGUCUGCAGCCCCUACCCACACCGAUGCUGUCUGCACCAGUGCGACCUCUGCCCCUGGGAGCGGAGGGCCCUCGCCGUCGUGCUGGACAUGGAGCAAGAACUGGACAGCAUACAAAGACGACUUAACAGGAUGUUGGACUUUUCCCAUGAUCACAAGAUUUUGGCUGUGAUGGACAUGGAGGGCUUUGACCCCAAGGAAGUCACUGUGAUCGUGAAAGACGGGAAGGUGAAGGUGUUAGCGGAGCAUGAGGAGGAGUACACCACCACAAGAGGGAAGGAGUACAGCUACCGAAACAUCAGGAGGGGGAUCAGCCUGCCACCAGGGGUGAGUGAGGACGAGGUGACCUACUCGCUGGGAUCCAACGACAUCAUGAAGAUCCAGACAGCACACAAGUGCAAACCUUCUCUCCUGAGCCACUGA